AUGACUAUGAACACUGACACCAUAGAUAUUGUGAAUGAUGAUGUUGAUGAAUUAACAUCUUGUAAAUCACCUAAAAAUUUGGAUUGGAGGAAGAAAGGAGCUGUCACUCCUGUUAAGGAUCAAGGCCGUUGUGGUUGUUGUUGGGCAUUCUCAACAGUUGCAGCUAUUGAAGGAAUAGUUGCAAUAAAGACAGGGAAGCUUCUCAGCCUUUCAAAUCAGGAGGUUCUAGAUUGUGAACCAUAUGGAAAUUGUUCUCGAGGAAGUGUCGCAAAAGCAUUAGAUUGGGUAAUAGGAAACAAAGGGAUUGCAUUACAAGAGGAUUAUCCUUAUUUUGAGGAGAAGAGUGUUUGCACAUCCGGCCAGAUUCCAAAUAGUCCAACCAGUCGCAUUAAAUCGUAUAAACUCGUGAAGAGAUCGGAGAAGGAAUUACAGUGUGCAGUUGCUAAGCAGCCUCUUCAUGUUGGUUUUUAUGGAAGGACAAAAGAAUUCCAACAUUACAAGGGUGGAGUAUAUAGAGGUCAAGAGUGUCCUUUGGACUUAUUGAAUGUAACUCACGAGGUUUAA